AUGGGACGCGGAAAGAUUGAGAUCAAGAGGAUCCAGAACACCACAACAAGGCAAGUCACCUUCUCCAAGCGAAGAACGGGUCUCAUGAAGAAGACUCGUGAGCUUUCUGUGCUCUGCGAUGCAGAGAUUGGGCUUAUCAUCUUCUCCAGCACUGGGAAGAUGUUUCAGUACUGCACUGAACCCUUGAGGAUGGAACAGAUGAUAGAAAAGUAUCAGAGAUCCACAGGAACUAGCAUUGUGGAACAUGAUCACCCCCGGCAAGAAUUACUCCAUGACGUGGCAAUGCUCAGGCAAGAAACUCUACGUCUUGAAUUGGGAAUUCAACGCUAUCUUGGAGAGGAUAUGAGCUGCUUAAAAUUUGAGGACUUGACGAAACUUGAAGAAGACUUAGAGAGCUCUGUCGCCAAAGUUCGAAAUCGACAGAAUGAGCUCUUACAACAGCAAAUCGAGAAUCUUCGCAGGAAGGAAAGAAUCUUGGAAGAAGAAAACAGCAAUUUGACCAAUUGGAUUCAGGAGCACCGAACAAUGUUUGAGUUUCAGAAAGCAGCAGUGGAAGCAAAUAAACCAGUGCAACAUCAGCAAGUAAUGGAUCACUUCCCUUUCUUUGAAGAACAACCUACUAGUACCUUCCUUCAACUUGCUGCCCCUGCAUUUCCACACCUUCACCCAUAUCUUCAGUUGGCGCAGCCCAAUAUUCAUGACUCAGUCAGGGCCCCAGAGCCACAAAAUUAA